GCGGUCACGUGAGCCCGGCGGAGGCGGCCGCUGCAGCCGCCGCGGGCCCGGCCCGGCCGCUCCGGGAGGGGCCAUGGUGGGACAGACAUGAGCCCCGAGCCCGAGCCCGAGCCCGAGCCGCCGCCAGCCCGGAAGCGGCCGGCAGAGGAGGACGAAGGGGAGGAGGAGGAGCCGCCGCCGCUGCCGCCGUCGCAGCCGUCGUGGGAGGGCGGCGGCGGCGCCAGGUGGGGCGGCUGCAUCAUGCUGGUAAAGAGGGUCGGCCUGACGGCGGGCGGCUGUGGCGCGCAACAAGGUAUUGGUCGGCCGAGUGUUUACCAUGCGGUGGUGGUCAUAUUUCUAGAAUUCUUUGCCUGGGGGCUCUUGACAACUCCGAUGCUAACGGUCUUACAUGAAACAUUUCCCCAUCAUACAUUUUUAAUGAAUGGUCUUAUUCAAGGUGUUAAGGGUUUUUUGUCAUUUCUCAGUGCUCCACUAAUAGGUGCUCUCUCAGAUGCUUGGGGAAGAAAAUCUUUUCUUCUUCUUACAGUUUUCUUCACCUGUGUCCCAAUUCCAUUAAUGCGAAUAAGCCCAUGGUGGUACUUCGCUAUGAUUUCAGUAUCUGGAAUCUUUUCUGUUACAUUUUCUGUAAUAUUCGCCUAUGUAGCUGAUGUUACACAAGAACAUGAAAGAACUACAGCCUAUGGACUGGUAUCUGCCACCUUUGCAGCAAGUUUGGUAACCAGUCCUGCCAUUGGAGCAUACCUGUCUGCCAGCUACGGGGAUAGUCUGGUUGUGCUGGUGGCCACGCUGGUGGCUGUUGUGGACAUCUGCUUCAUCCUGCUAGCUGUACCAGAAUCUCUGCCGGAAAAAAUAAGACCUGCUUCGUGGGGAUCUUCUAUAUCGUGGGAACAGGCAGAUCCUUUUGCAUCUCUGAAGAAGGUUAGAAAAGAUCCUACAGUUCUCCCGAUCUGCGUUACGGUGUUGCUCUCCUAUCUGCCUGAGGCUGGCCAGUAUUCUAGUUUCUUUCUGUACUUGCGACAGAUUAUAGGCUUUGGAUCUGCCAGCAUUGCAGCAUUUAUAGCUGUGGUAGGCAUUCUGUCCAUAAUAGCUCAGACUGUGUUUCUCAGUAUCUUGAUGAGAUCUAUAGGGAACAAAAACACAGUUCUCCUUGGCCUUGGCUUUCAGAUCUUUCAGCUGGCUUGGUAUGGUUUUGGAUCUCAGUCUUGGAUGAUGUGGGCAGCAGGAGCUGUGGCAGCGAUGUCAAGCAUUACAUUCCCAGCAAUUAGUGCUCUGGUUUCACGAAAUGCAGAGGCAGAUCAACAAGGUGUUGUCCAAGGCAUAAUAACUGGAGUAAGAGGACUGUGCAAUGGCCUGGGACCAGCACUGUAUGGCUUUAUUUUCUUUCUCUUCCACGUAGAGCUCAACGGAUUGCUACCUGAUAACACUUCCGAAAAAAAAAUAAAACAGAACCCAAAUGAUAAGAGACCGAUCAUUCCUGGUCCCCCCUUCCUCAUCGGAGCGUGCAUUGUUCUUCUGGCAUUUCUAGUCGCCUUAUUUAUUCCUGAGAACAGCAGAGCCAGGAGUACCAAAAAACACAGCCACAGCAUCAGCAGUAGUCUGAGUAACAACCUAGACCAAAGUAAUGAAGAGGACAUUGCACCAUUGCUGCAGGAUAGCAGUGUAUGAAGGCUAAAUUCUGAGGGGCCUAUGGAACAAAUUCAUGCAGUGAAUUAUGUUUCUGGAAGCUUGAUGGGAGGUACAGAGUAUUGUGCCUUUGAGAAGAAGGGAGCUAUGACAGGAGGUCACUUGCUGUUUGAUACUUAAGGCUGAUGUCAUGCUCGCAGGAGUGAUUAUUUAGAACAGCAGGUCACAAGUUGGUGGGAUUCUAGCCAAUACUGAACUGCCAAUGCUGUGUCAAAUUCUGAUAUUGGGUAGAAACCUGAAUAGAGACAGAAUUUUUUUUAAAGUUUGAAUUUUUAGUUCCCAAAAUUGCAAGAUAAUGCAAAAUAAAUAGGUUCGAGCCAGAACAAUUUCUGCCAUCACUCUGUAAUAGGUUGUUUUCCAUUUCUUAUGCCUUUUUGUCUGCAUCUAUGCCACAUGUAGUUCUCAUGGCAUGGGAAAAAGUGGUUAUCAAUGAAAUUCUCAAAUACUAUUUACUAAUAAGAAGUCCAGUAGUUACUAGAAAGCAAUGAUGAAACUGAGAUGGCAGAAUUCUGAAUUUGUGUAAUCACACAUGACAGUAGUUACCCAUAAAUGAAGGUCAUAUGGAAACCCUAAAUCCACAUUCUGGAGUAAUCAAUUUUGUCCAGUUAAACCAAAUCCAGAUGGCACCCAAGACCCGGGUCCUGUUAAUGCUUUACUUAUAAAAAAAUAAAAUUUUAAUUUUAAAGUGAGCAGUAUCAGAAAUACAGACACUUCUGAGUGGGUGCCAGAGUACUUUACAUCAAGAUAUAUAUGUAUGUAUGGCAUUUUGCCACUUUAUCUGCCAUAUAAACUAAUUUUUUCCCAUUAAUUCCUUUCACCACUGCCUUAACUGCUUCUUAGUGUUCAGUUAUUAAUCAUAUUCAGCCUUCAUAUCACUGUCUUACCUGCUGAAUAUCAUGGAUAUAUUAAUAUCUUUUUUUUUAAAAAAUGAAUUAACAAAUGUGCUGAUUUUUAGAGAUGUUUUAUGAAGAAGACGGAGAUUUAUAUGUAUUUUGCUGCAGUGUAAACAGACUAUUAAAACCAACUUUGAUGAAGUACUCCUAUGAUUGUUUUAUAUGUAUGCAAUAUAUGUAGAUAUUUGUAAAGAGUUUUUGUUUUUCCAGAUGGGGAAAUGUGUAAAUCAUGUAUUUAUAAAUGUAAUGAGAUGCAGACAAUUAUACAGUUUUUUAAAAGGAUUGUGUAUUGACUGAACAAAUUUUAAAAAUAUAUAUUUUGAAACUUGUUCCAUGUUGAGCACAGAUAAGAAACCUUUUGUACUGUGCAGGUUGGUUUUUAAGUUAACAAGCUUCCUAAUGCAUAAUAAAUAUAAAUAUUAAGCUUUCUA